AUGAAUGAAAAAAGUGAAUUAUGUGAAAAAUAUCGGAAAUUCGUUACGGAAAAGUUACAAUCAGAUUAUAAAGAAAUGGUCAAAACAGUAAAUAGCAUUGUGGAUGAAGUGAAAGAAUAUGAAACUCUAUUACUCUUUAUUAAUAAGAUUAAGAUGCUGGAUUCUGAAGAACCGUUGAAAACACAGAUGAGUAUUGGUAAAAAUAUCUUUUGUGAGGCUGUGAUUGAUAAAUGGGAUCGUAUGAUCGUAAAAUUGUCCGAUGAUGUCUACGCCGAAUUAACUUUGAGCCGAGCAGAAGAUUUUAUUACGAAAAAAAUUGAGCUAUUAAAUGAACGUGCUGCUUUUUAUGAACGACAAGCGCAUUCGGUACGUGCCAAAAUGCAUCUAAUACUCUCUUCUGUUACAGAACUGGAACGCUUGUAG